AUGAAGGCCACACAGUUGGUCAAGCAAAACGCCUCCACAGAGAUGGGGCGCACAGAAUCCGAUGUCCUCGCUGCCACAGGAUUGCUCUACCUGCAGGCUAACGUUCCCAUCUUCGACGAGAUCAGCAAUCUUGCUUCUUCAAACCUCAUAUUGCCAUGCGGUAGUACAACCGGAUCCACGACACGUACCACGAAGGUCGAGGAAGUCAGUCCUACUGCUCAAACAACUGUACCAACCGUAUUCAAAAGAAGGCAAGCGUUGGGAUGGAAUGCUUUGAUUGAAGCAUAG